GUUACACUGGGAGCAUGCGAGUGGUGAUUUCCUGACAACACAUGGGGCUUACACUGCCAGCCCACUUGCCGAGGGCCAAAUCCGAGGCAUACCGCAUCAAAGCUGCAUUAGUCCUCGUGGUCCCAACGACUUAUCAGUGGUCGUAAUGCCGUGUUCCGUCUGGGGCAGCGUGGUGCAUGCGGUCAUGCUCAAGUGCUACUCAUAUCAUAACCGAUCUUGAACCACAUAGGGCUUUCAACCACCUGGGCAUGCGAAUCGCCUACCCCCCUCCGAGUCCCUUUAUCAUUCCAAUAAGGAAAAGCCACUGUUGGAUAAGAAUCAAAUUCGGAACAGUUGAAAAAUGUCUCGCAAAGGGACCGUCGCUAUAGAGGAGGCUGUCCUCAAUCCCGAGGGCAUCUCAUGGAUGGCCGAAACUGCGUCGCUCUUUGCGCCUGGCCAAGAUGCUUCUCAGCUCAAACACCACUCGCUGACCCAAAAGCUCAUGGACAUCCACGAUCAGCGUCUUGCUGACAUGGAUGCCGAGGGUGUCGAGUAUAUGCUCCUGUCUCUGACCUCUCCAGGUGCACAAGGCGAGAGAGACCCCGUGAAGGCUGCCAACCUUGCGAAAAAUGCCAACGACUGGUUGGCUGGGGAGGUAGCAAAGAGCCCGAGCAGAUUCGGAGCACUUGCCGCUCUUUCGAUGCAUUCACCUGCAGAGGCGGCGGCAGAGCUAAAGAGAGCGGUAAAAGACCUGGGUAUGUUCGGGGCCAUGGUGAAUGACUUUCAGACAUUCGGCGGGGAUGGUGCUGGCAAGAAGUACUACGAUGCGCCCGAAUACGAAUUGUUCUGGCAGGAAGUCGAGAAACUAGGUGUUCCGAUCUACCUCCACCCACGGUAUCCCACAUCACAAGAGCUCGAGGGACCACACGCGAAAUGGGGCCCGAGGAAGCACCUUCUCGGAGCUGCGGUCUCUUUCCACCUGGACCUGAGCUUCCAUAUCUAUGCCCUUUGUUCUAGCGGCAUUUUUGACAAGUUUCCCGGCGUGCAGAUCGUAGCCGGGCAUCUGGGUGAAGGUGUACCUUUCAACCUAUGGAGGGCGGACCACUGGUACAACAAGCCAGUCAAGAAAGCUACCAGGCCUUCGAAAGAAGACUACAGCUACUAUUUUCAACACAAUGUCUCGAUCACCACCUCAGGUGACUUUUCCACUUCCGGGCUAAAGUUCUGCAUCGAGCAAAUGGGAAUUGACCGGUGCAUGUUUUCAAUCGACUAUCCUUAUGAUUCGAUGAAGGAAGCGAAUGACUGGUGGAAGGGGGUAGACAUUGCGCCAGAUGAGAAAGAGGCAGUAGGAAGAAGAAACGCUAUCAGAAUCUUCAACUUGCCACUCGAAGCUUGAUAAUGAUAUGAUGUUAGGGGAAACAGUGGCAGAUGAUUUCGGGCAGAGACAUUUCGUGGAA